GCUCGUGGUUAGCGGGUUGUUCCGGCGACGCUCUAUCCGGCGGACCGCCGUCUCUCUGCUGCGGCGGAGGACUGACGGCAGGGAGCCGGCGGAGGCGGGGAGAGAAGAUGGCGGAGGCCUCGGCGGCGGCCGCCGUGUCCCAGCAUCGCUUCUUCUGCCACAGCUGCAAGGGAGAGGUCAGCCCCAAGCUGCCGGAGUACACUUGCCCGAGAUGUGAAUCUGGCUUUAUCGAAGAAGUCACAGAUGAUUCCAGUUUUCUAGAUGGCAGCGGCAUAGACGACAGCCCGUCCACACAGUUUGCAGAGCUUUGGGACCAUUUGGACCACACAAUGUUCUUUCCCGACUUCAGACCCUUUCUGAGUAGCAGCUCACUGGAUCAAGACAGCAGGGACAACGAGAGGGGCCACCAAGCCCACGCCGACCUCUGGGGACCGAGCCGGCCCCCGCGAUUGCCCAUGACGCGGAGGUACAGAUCCCGGGGCAGCUCGCGCCCCGACAGAUCUCCUGCUAUCGAGGGAAUAAUACAGCAGAUCUUUGCAGGGUUUUUUGCAAACUCAGCGAUUCCUGGCUCACAACACCCUUUUUCCUGGAGUGGGAUGCUGCACUCAAAUCCUGGGGACUACGCGUGGGGACAGAGCGGCCUCGAUGCUAUUGUCACCCAGCUCUUGGGGCAGUUGGAAAACACGGGACCGCCUCCGGCCGACAAAGAGAAGAUCUCCUCUCUCCCGACGGUGACAGUAACUCAGGAACAAGUCGAUACGGGUUUGGAGUGUCCCGUGUGCAAGGAGGACUACACCGUAGCGGAGCAAGUGCGGCAGUUACCGUGCAAUCACUUCUUCCACAGCAACUGCAUCGUGCCGUGGUUAGAGCUGCACGACACGUGCCCCGUGUGCCGGAAGAGCUUAAAAGGGGAAGAUUCGACUCGGCAAACACAGAACCCCGAGGCCUCGGCGAGUAACAGCUUUAGCACUGAAAGCCAGCUACACGAUCGAUGGACUUUCUGACGCUCGAGGGCUCUGGGCACAGUAUGGUUACUACAGAUGUACAUUGUAUUAUAAUUCAACCAACAAAAAGGAGGAGAGAGGGAAAAAAAAAAAAAAAAAAAAAAAAAAAGAGUAGCAGGAAAUAUAGGGCAGGGGAGGGGACCCACCCCGCGGUGUUGCUGCGCUGAGUGCUGUCGUUUUCCCGAAACUUUAAACUAGCAUCUCCGAGCGAGUCGCGUCUCCAUUGGAAUCGCCUCUUUAGUCCUAAAUCCAGAGUCUUUUGAGUGAUUUGACUUGAUUUUUGUACUUGUGAAACCUUGAGACUUCAAACGGGGCCCAGCAAGGGGGGUGGGGGGGGAGGGGGGGGGCGAGGCGGCGCAGGGAGGUUUGGGGACACCCCGCCCAGAGCCCGAGUGCGGCCGCCUCCGCUCCCCGGGCCCCCCGGCAAAGAGGGGGCGAAUCGGGGGGGGGGGGAGCAUCCCCCCUGCUCUGCUCCGCGUAGAAAAAGAGGAGAGGGAAAGGAGAAGAUUUUUGACUUCUCUCCUCUGACCCCUUUCUCUGCCCCUCGAACCGGGUGGGUGGAAUCCAAUCCAGGAGGUUUUUUUGGGGGGCUUCUUUUUUUUUUUUUUUUUUUUCAUCUUUUUUUUUUAAUUUUUAUUUUUUCCCCGCUCCCUCUUGAAUUCAAGUGACGGUUCCUAUAAAACAGUGUUCCAGGUCUCCCUGGAGGGCGAGGCAGAGGUGAGGAUGGAGGCGUGGGGGGGUUUCUGGAGCUCUUCCCCAGGCGUGCUGGCAGAGCGCGCCGGGCUCGGGACGCGCGGGAGCCCCCGACUCUGGGGGCAGGGAGGCACCGAGCAGGAUUUUCUGUCUUGUCGUGGACUUUUGUUGUUGUUGUUGUUGUUGUUGUUUUGGGGGGGGGGGGGGGGUGGUGUUUCCAGCCCUUCUCCACGGGCCUGUGUCCCCAGGUCUGUCCCAACCCGUGUCCCCCCCCCCCAGAGUCGUUUAGGAUCCUUAGCUGGCUUCUUCCCUGGGGACCACACGAAGGGCAUCCUCCAGGAAAGCACCAAACUCUGCACAUUAACAGCCGAUUCCGCGGUGUUUAACACAAAAAUCUUCAUUCUCCCGUAGUCCGAUAACUUUAAGAGAGUCGCUUUAUUUUUGCGGAUUAUUUCUUUUUGUCGUUGUUUGGGUUUUGUUUUGUUGGUUUGGGUUUGGGUUUGGUUCCCCCCCCUUCACUUCUGUAACAUUUCAUCCAUGUUUAACUCCUUGGGUUUGUUUGUUUUUUUUUUUUUUUUUUUUUUUACCGUCCGCGUAACGUCUGUACUUGGGGCACCCACUCCACCCCCCCCCCGUGGCAAUGUCAGACCCCGGCAGCGGCCGCGUGGGAGAGGUGGGUCGCGUCUAAACGUGUCGCUUCAUUGCUGUAAGCAGUGUACUACGUACACUCGAUUUAAACUAGUGGUUUUGUUUGCUAUUAAGUCAAAUAAAGGCCUUUAUAAAGAA